GCUUACCUAUUAGUCUCGAAAAGUGUAAAUGCCUCCAGCAAUCUCCAAACAAUUAUUCAACCACCUUAUUCCGGCCCCUUAUUAACUUCUCCCUAAACCCAUAACCCUCUCUCUCUCUCUAUGGAGCUAGCAGCCGAUACAUACAUACAAACACCACAUUCCGUAUAAAUGGAGACGGCUUCAUCCCUAGAGGAUGGCCCGCCCAAUCCAUCCUUCGACAUGAGAGCCCGCACCCUCAAAUUCCCGCGAAGCGCCUCCUCCAAAGAGCCGCCGCGAUCCGACCCCGCCGCCGCCAACCUCCCUCCCCGCCUGAGCGCCACCACCGCCGCCUCCCUCUCCCUCCCCCUCCACCACUCCCAGCCAUCCACCCCGCGCCUCUCCGUCGCCGCCUCAAAGCUCGACGCCGACGCCGCCUCCUACCGCUGCGUCUCCUCCGUCCUCAAAAAGGACGGCCAGAUCCUCUGCAUCGCCGCCGCCAGCGGCCUCGUCUACACCGGCUCGCAGGCCAACGCCGUGCGCGUCUGGAAGAUGCCGGAGUUCACCGAGUGCGGCCACCUCAAGACCAAGGCCUGCAUGGUGGUGGCGCUGCAGGUCUCUAACGAUAGGGUUUACGCCGCCUACGCCGAUUGCAAAAUUAGGGUUUGGCGCCGCACGUGGGAGGGGGUCGUCAAGCACGUGCGGAUAGCCACCGUCCCCAUGCCCGGGAGUUUUCUCCGGGGAUAUAUUGCCGGCCAUGAUAAGACGUCGAGGCAUCUAGGCCCAAUUUCAUCGCUGGCAAUCAACACCUCCGACGACAUUCUGUACUCGGCGUCUCUCGACAAAACUGUAAAAGUGUGGAGAAUCUCCGACUUCAAAUGCAUCGAGACGAUCCAGGCCCACCUGGAGCCCAUCAACGCCAUCGCCCUUGCCGACGACGGCGUGCUCUACACGGCCUCCGACGACGCCACCGUGAGGGUGUGGCGCCGCAACUUCUGCAGCGGGGCCCGCCCCCACUCGCUCACGGUCACGCUGCCGACGAAGCACUCCCCCGUCAAGGCCCUGGCCCUCACCCCCGACGGGGGUGUGCUCUACGGCGGCUGCACCGACGGCUACGUGCACUACUGGCUCAAGGGCUGGUUCUCGGGCCAGCUGCAGUACGGCGGGGCACUGCCGGGCCACACGCACGCCGUCAUGUGCUUGGCCAGCGUCGGCGCCUACCUCAUCACCGGCUCCGCCGACUCCUCCUGCCGGGUCUGGGUUAGGGAGGCUGCCGACGGCUUCCACUCGUGCGUCGCCGUGCUGCAGGGCCACCGUGGGCCCGUUAGAUGCGUCGCCGCCUUCCCCGACCGUCUCUCCGAUGAGGCGGGGGAGGACGGAUGCACCGUGUGCACGGGGAGCCUUGACGGCGUGCUCAAGCUGUGGCGGGUCAGGAAUACUGCCACUCCGAUUCAUGAUUCUUCGCCGUCAAAUGCUCCUGAUUAUUUUCAACUCACUUAACUCCGAUCAAUGAUUGGAUGACAACGUUUUAUUCACUAUUUAUCUUCACUUAAUUCUAUUUCAAAUUAGGGUAUACUUGUUUUUUUUCUUCUUCGUAUUUAGAGUGUAUAUACGAUUAGCGUGACCAGUUGUAGUUCGGACAUAAGAUGAUGAUUAACUGAGAUUGUUUUGUGCUUUU